UGCGGCAGAACUGAGAGCCCGUAGGCUAAGAAGGCACCCGCUGGAUGGACUAAACCCCAUAAACCCGUUUCAGUGUUGUGGCGGAUACAACGGGGGCCACGCUACUUCUGUGUGUCGCUGCGCCAGAAGGCCGCCAUCCUGCGUGGGCGUAUUUGCAAUAUCAGCCUCAUCAAAUCUCAGCAAAAAUUCGUUGGUGUCGCAAGUACCCUCCCGACGUCGAGGAUCAAAUCGAAUCCCUGAGUUUCCUGUCCACAAAUCACGCUGCGGUUGCCGUGGAACAAGCCCCCCUCUUGGGCCGUUGAGUGUAGGAGAGUCCUUCCCCCACUCCUCUUUCAACUCCUAGUUUUUUGCUCGGUGCUUGUCCUUGCACUGGCUGCACACGUUCGGUUUUAAGCACAUGUGACCACCUACACCUUUCUUAUGCGGGAUCUCUGCACCCACAGCACAAAGUGAAGUCUGUCACAGCAGACGGCAGUAGGCCCUACCACAAGGCGUUAGGCGGUAGCGAAAGACAGCUCCGUCGAAGUGUUCGUUUUGGCGUUCACGACGGUACUUGCUAGCCGAGGGCAGCAGGAUUGGUUCACGAACAGCGACACCAACGCUCCCCUCACGCAGACGCCUUCUACACAAACGAAGAACAGCCCACAAGGCACCACACAAUUCCACUUUGAGAACACGCAGAACGCGUGUUGGCAGGUCAUGGCCACCCUCGUGUGCCAGCGCCCACACAGCCCCGGCGCCACAAGUUGACCCAAAAGAGUGGCACCCAGACGAGCGAGAGCCCUCGCGCCGCCAGUUGAUGAUUUGGGGCAACUGUGUGGGUAGAGUGCUCCCGAGUUUGGCCGGUUGGAUUCUUCUUUCUUCCGCAAAUGACUUUUCGGUUCAAAGCUGUUCCAGAUUGGCCAAACUUUCUGCCCUAUCCCACAGUAGGUAGCCCAGAGUUGCACACGCGAGCUGGAUCCGAGCGCUGUUCAUUUACGCGCCGUCGCAACUCGAUGCACGCCCGUCGCGGGCGCGGACGGUGAUAUUCGUUUUUCCCUUCUUAUUUGUCAAUGUACACACGCCAAAAACGUUGCAAAUGUGAUCGGGUCGCUUUUCUGAGCCUCGGCGCAAAGAGUAAGCUCGCGGCUUCCAGCCUUUAAGCGUGGCCAGGCGGCACCAACUGGUCCUGUCGGUCACGCGCUCCUUCCUCACAAGCGCACACGAGCAGGCGUGAGGCACGUGGUCCGUGGCGGUGUAUAGCGGCGUCUUUCGGGAAGCGAUACCACAUUAUUUCCUCGAACCCUAUUGCGUGCAAAUCAAUUGUUGACUCAGCUUGAGACAGUGUGACGGUGCGCCAAGAUGGCUCAUCUUCGACCCUUUUACAAGUUUGGAAAAAGUCUUCGUGCAGUCUGCUGCCACACAGCUUGCCCGUCUAUAUGUGCCAUACUUAGUAGGUUGAGCGACGAGUGUGUCCUUCUUGCGUGGAGACUUUGAGCCAUUCUUCUUGGUAUUUCAGAUCGAGACGCGACAUCUUGUCAGCCUUAUUUACCCUUACUCAGCAAAACGACUCCUUGCACUUUCGUCAAGCCACGGCUAACUGUCUGUGCUCUCUCGUGUAAGGCGGCUACCUCCGUCCACACAGCACCGCUGUCUGCCCGAGCCGGCACACUCCCGACCUUUCAAGAAUAUACCGCCCUACUUUUAAGGCAACUAUCUUUUAUCAACUUUAGAAGCGCUUUUCCCCCCCGGGUCUUGGAAGCUUAUCCCGAAGAAGAUCUCGGGCCAAAACGGCAAAAAAUGACGCAGGAAGAACCGCGGCUUACAGGGCAACUCCACACACCGAUCCGUGGACCCAUCCAACCGCCAGAAAUCGAGGAAAUGGAGAACGCUGUCACACCAAAAUGCGCAGAUGUGGCACCUGCCGCGGCAGCAAGUCACUCGUCUCACAGCUCUGCCAGUACCGUCGGGGACCUCAGCGAUGGCAGCAGCGACCCGGAUUCGCAGCCCUCGCGGGGGGAUGUUCGCGAUGAAGAGCUCGCAAAAGCUGCCGUCUUCGACGCACUGACUCCCAAGCAUUCGCCGGAACCGAGAGCAGUUGCAGCGGAAUUGCACACGGCCCCGGUAGUCGGACCAGACGAUACCUCCCGACCAAUUGCCUUGUUUCACCCUGACGGCCCUGAAGAGAACGCGUGGAAGGCCGAUGGCGAAACAGCAACGAUACACGGGGGAGAGGCAAGCCAGGAAGAAGGCGCCGAUUCUUCGUCUGAGGACUUGCGACAAGACCAACGAACGCAGGGGCGUCCUGUCGCUUCACCCCUACCCAGCUCCUUUGAGCAUGCGUCGUCUUUCCUGCGCCUUGUUUCUUCGGCCAUAGGGGCACCGCAAGCAGGCAGUUCGCUCUCGAGACUCGGCAUUCCGGUCCGGAGCGAAACAGCUUCCCAGCUGGCCGCCGGAUCUACAACUCUCGCCUCGUUCGCGCCGCCUGGAAAAACGAAGUUUGAUGCGGCCCGCUCAGACGAUGACCGGGAGUCUUCCUGGAUUUUCUCCUCUCCCACUUCCUCGGGUAGAAACGCGGGAGCUUCCCCCCUCCUAAGCUUGAGUGGACGCGCCCCGUUCCAACGGGGCCUCUCGUCCCACAGCGAGUCGCCCUACCCUGCUUUUUUGCCAAAGGCCGCAAGCGCGCGGUCGAGCACUUCGUGCGAGUCUCAGUUUCUGUCUGUUCCAAAUGCCGAGCGAGACUGUGUCCAGCACUCUCCGUCUGUUUCCCCGCCUCCGUCGACGGACCAUGCGACUGUGUUCGAGGGUGACGGCGGAGAUGCCUCAAAAACCCAACAGCUGACCCCUUCCAAGCCCUGCAAGCUUCCUGCCGAGUACGAGGCUGUCGCGCUCCUUUUGCGUGCUCGACAGGAAGCGAAAAACGAGGGCGACGAGUCCCCCCGCAACCGUUUCGCUGGAGAAGCUGACGCAAUGAUUGCCGCAUGGCUGAGAAAUCUAUCCAACGAAGAUUUUGACGUGCUGCUAAGGUACAUCCGGAGAGUGACUGGAGCUAAACGCUCGGAGUCGUCUGCCUUUGCACCUGCACGCACGGCCAGAGUCUCGGGGGCUUCGAGUUCACUCGGUGUACCGGCACAGGCCGUCUCUGCUAUUUCUCAAGCCUCACCUGAAUUCCGAGGUGUCACUCCCUCUCAGGGCUACCCGAGAAAACCUGAGAAAUCCCAGUCGCCUCCGUCGCACUUCCUGCUGUCUGGCUGUGAACCCAGCGACAACCCGAAGACCGACGUGGCGGGUCUGGAGCGACACCUGCGGACCGCGCUUCAGUGCGCCGGGGCUUCUAGCGGAACUCCUGAAAACUGUAUGUUGCCGGUGCUGGCCUCCGUCCGUGAAGAGAUUCGCGGCAUGCCCUCUGAGAAAGAGACCCGAGCACGUUUCGUGGAGGACUUGUACGAAGUCCGGAGGAACGCUUUUCACCGCCAAGAAGCCGCGCGGUAUGGAGGGUACGUUUCUUGUCUCGCGUGCGGGUGCACGGUGUGCGGGUGCUCGAAAUUCGGCGAAGGCCAGCCGUCGUGGAUCUCCACACUUUUGCUCACCGCUCCUUCCAGUUCGUGGACCUGCGCGAGGGCAAUGGAGCGGGAGUUCGACAGGAAAAAUGCCGAACGCGCAGCCGCUGCCGCGACAGCGAAGGCGGCACGUGGUGGUCGGUUCCCAAAGAAAGCCGAGAAAGGUCCCUGUCACGUCUACAACACACGCUGUUCCUCAGCUGCGUCCAUCGGGAACGUGACACCUUCAACUGCUACGGGGAACGGAAAAGGCACUAUGCUGUCGGAAGCGCCUGCCGAGGGUGCAACUGGUAAGACAGCUGGAUCGUGGGCAGGGUGGAAUGGCUGGGCUCGGCGGCCAGAAACCCCGAAAAAGCGACGCGUCAAAGAGUCGCUUGAGUCCGGAAUCCGAUUUGCGAAUGCUCUCAGUCAAGUUGAAGAAGAAAGCGAGGAUGAACCAAAUCCAUCGGCAAAGGACACAAGCGUGUACACUCUGCCGGCUCUUGAGUCUGGCAACGCUCCACGAGACGGCCGCGCCUCUGCAGCAAGUUCGAAAAGAAAACACACGUUUCUGGAACCUGCUGCUCUCCCGUGUUUCUCUGUCAAGCGAAUGAGACAUGCUGAGCUUCAAGGCGAGAUCCUGGAAGAAGGCGCUGGGAAAUUAGAUGGGUGUGAUUCAGGCAAAGAAAAGGGUAUUGCAUCGCGUACGCGGACCGCGAAAAAACCACUGCGUCUUUCGGUGUCUUCGAAACUGCCUUAUCUCCGAUCGGGCGCGGAGCAUUCCGGCCACGAACUGUUUAGGUCACGCGCAAAACCCGAUGGAGAACUUUCCUGCGAAGUGAACGCGGCGAGGCGAGGAAAGCGAUCAUGUUCUUCGGAGGUCCACAAUCAUGGGGGCCAGAGCACGCGCCCACGCACUUCCUCGGUUCGAGAUGGAAAAAUUCCGAGUUUAGGAGUCAGUGGAACAGACCUGGCGCAGCAGCCACCCGCAAAGGCUCUAGGCCAUCAAGAGAAGACUCCUCAUUCUGAAACGAUUGACUCGAACAAAGGAACGACGGCGAAGGAAAGCAAGCGUGUCUCAACCGCGAAAGCCGGCACUGCAAAGGGCGCCUUCCCCCAGAGGCGCCAAUUUCGAAUUCACCAUAUGAUUCCAGAGCCUGAAGUCAAGGAAGGGCUACUUUUCAACCCGACGCCUGCUCAUUUCAACAAGUACCCGAAGGCGCGAGGCGUGUGGUUCGACCCGCAUCGAAAUCUCGUCAGAACAUGCUGGAAAGAAAACGGAAAAGCCAAAACUGUCGGCUUCCCAGUCGCCAAGUUCGGUCUCGACGAAGCCCGGUUCUUGGCUGUUCAGCUCCACCAAUUCAAGUGCCCCGAGGACCCUGUCCCAAGUGAUCUGCAGGGGAAGCUGCCGGCGGUUCCACGUCAGGAGUUUGAGUGGUGCUAAAGGCGACAGUGGUGCAAAGUAAAUCCCAAAAAUACAUUUUAGCCCUCGUGAUCCAACAUAAUGUUGUGUAUAGCCAUAUAUAUGAAGAACCGUAGACGGACAUGAGGAGCGAUGGGAGUCAACUCCCCAUUCAGCCGGAUAGGAGCCGCGGCGAUGACUGCCUAGUCUGUUAGCCUGGUCUUGGGAAAAAAGUCAAAAAUACCAAACGGGUUGAAGUGGGCAAGACACUCGGUGUUUUCUCACGAGUUUAAGCCGUCACUUCCCAAGCAUAAUGGGCCUUCAAUUUUCUGCUCCGGGUUGCAAGGCGUUCCUAAGUACAGCGGGAACUGUUUGAAAGAGUUUCCAAAGGGCGAUGGUCGCAAUGUCUGCGCCGUGAAAAAAGGUGGCCGUGGAUAUAUGUAACCGAAUCUCUACGAGGAACACGACCAAACAUGCAACAUGGUUUCGGAUUUUUACUGAAGAGGUGGAAGUAGUACAGGUUCUUCUUUUCAGGACACCCUAUCCAGGGACAAGGCAGCCGGCCCCCAUUCGAAAAGUGACCUUUAUUCGGAUUUUCAGGAAUCGCGGUAAAGGUGGAUGAUUCUCAGACAUCUUUGUGACACGCCGAAGUGUCUGAAAAUCGACGACGAAACGAGUAAUCCAUUAUUUCUCCUUGGUUGCCAAGCCGUUUCCUGGGGAUAUGAAUCCAAGCUCGGUGUCUGUUGUUUCCGUAAUGCUGGUGUACAGGAAGGGUGAGGCCACUGGUAUCAUCCAGUGCCAAAGUUUUUCUCACCGUAGGCGUGGCGGGUUUCAAAACCACAGUUUUGAAAGCUAGCUCAACAUAGCUGUGUAUGCUUAUUUCAACCACUAUUUCUCCUGUUGUAUUUGAACGUGUUCGUGCGUUUGCGAACAAAUAGAGGAACACCUGCAGAAUCAUGCUCCGGCGUUUAAUGUAUAGAUGUGUGUUUCAAAGUGCAGAAAUGACUACGGGAUGUGGGACGGAUUCCAUGAUAACGGGCGUUCAUGCAUGCCCAUUUUGGCGUAGUGGGACACUCCUACCACAGUAAGGCAGUUGUUCAUUUGCCUGACUCCAUCUUGCCUUUUGGAGAUCGACUUGAAAAAGGAGCGAGAAAUAUUCAUGAAGAAAAACACGGAGAGAGGAGGAUACGUUCUUGAGAAAUGAACGCCCAAAAAGUCGAGUGAUCCCAGGGAGAAAAACACUUGAACAUGCUCUCAUGUUUUUCUUCGUGAGCACGCGGGUGGUGUCAAACGCUGUUUAAAGAGAAGAGAGGACUUUGCGUGCCGUGGAACCAGAUCUCUCUUGGAUUCGUCUCGUGGGGUGAAAAGAGGCCUUUUUCUAACUGAUCCGAUGUCAGGCAUCCUUUGGUGAAGUGUGUCCACAUGAGGGAGAGGGUCAAACCGACUUCUGACCUGGAUCGCCUCAGGGGUUGCACUUUCUCCCGUUAUCGACUCUGCCCACGUACAUGAACCAUCUGACGGAAACUGACGAC